AUGCCUCGAGCCAAUCCCUACCGAAACCCUCCGAAACCCAAGAGUCAAGGUUUCUUUGGAUCAAGAAGUCCAAACAACAAUGCUAGUCUGCCUCAUCAUCACCGUCAGCAUGGUGCACAUGCGCAGCAUCCACCACAGGGUAGUGGUGGCGGCGGAGGUGGUGGUGGUGGUGGUGGAAAAUGCCGAUAUGUUGUUUUGGCCAUCAUGGCGGUAGUCUUUAUUUCCAUUUCCCAAGACAGUAGUUACUUUGACAUGGAUAAACCUACUGUUGCCACUGGUAGUACUAGCAAUGCUGGUGGUGCUGGUGCUACUUCGCGUCCAAAUCUUUCCAGCAUCACGGCACCGCCUCAGGAUGGCAACCCCAAGAGUAGUAAUGACGAACCCAAUGACCUCGAAGACAGUGGUACCUUUGGGGGCAAGGAUAGUGAUGAAGAUGGCAAAGAUAAGGACGAAGACGACAAAGAUAAGGAUGAAGACGAUAAAGAUGAAGAUGAUAAAGACAAGGAUGAAGACGAUAAAGACAAGGAUGAAGAUGACAAGGACAAGGAUGAAGAUGAAGAUGACAAAGAUAAGGACGAAGAUGACAAAGAUAAGGAUGAAGAUGAUAAAGACAAGGAUGAAGAUGACAAGUACAAGGACAAGGAUGAAGAUGAUAAAGAUAAGGACGAAGAUGACAAAGACAAGGAUAAAGAUGACAAGGACGAAGAUGACAAAGAUAAGGACGAAGAUAGCAAUCCCGAUGGUCCUGAAGGAAAAGACGAAGAUGAAGAUAGCAAUGCUGAUGAAUCUAAAGCGAAGGAGGAAGAUGAAGGCAACAACGCUGACGGAUCUAAAGGAAAGGACGAAGAUGAAGACAGCGACGCCGAUGAUUCUAAAGGAAAGGGCGAAGACGAAGACAGCGAUGGCGAUGGCGAUGAUUCCAAAAGAAAGGACGAAGAAGAAGACGCCAAUUCUGAUGGCUCUGAAAGAAUGAACGAAGACGAAGACAGCAAUGCUGAUUCUGCGGCCAAAGUCACCAUUGCGAGCAAUGAGACCAGCUGGAAUGAGACCGCAGGUGUCGAAGGAAAUAACACUGAUUUGGAAUCACCAUCCAACCAUACCAAUGUUACAGUGGAAGAUGGCUUGAACAUUACUGAUGCUGAGCUCGGAAACGUAACAUCGUUCAACAAAACUGGCUCCUUGGAGGGCAAUGCUACUGAUGCCUCCGACGAUGGAUGGAACAGUACUGGAGCAGAAGGAAAUGAAACAGGUAUCACUGAAGCGGGCAAGUCGACUGACAUUGUCGAAGAGGGAUUGAACGUCACGGGGUUGGAUGGAAACGAAACAAAUAUCAUUGAAUCUGGAAACUCGACUGAUAUGAUUGAGGAUGGAUUGAACGUGACUGGAGUGGACAGAAAGGAAACAGAUACCACUGAAUUUGGCAACUUUACAAACGCAACUUUUGGCAAUGAGACAUUUGUUGACGGAGACAAGGAAGGUAACUCUACCGACGCCAUCAGCAGCAACUUUACAAAUAUCACUGAGUAUGGCAACUCGACGGAUGCAAUCGAAGAUGGUCUAAAUGCUACUGGAGUGGAAGCAAACGAAACAGAUAUCACUGAAUUUGGCAACUCUACGAACACUACGUUUGGCAAUGAGACAUUUGUCGAUGGAGACUUGGAAGGUAACUCUACGGACACUGUCAUGAGUAACUUUACAAACAUCACUGAAUCUGGCAACUCGACUGAUAUUGUCGAAGAUGGUCUAAAUAUUACUGGGGUGGAAGGAAAUGAAACCGAUAUCACUGAAUUUGGUAAUUCCACAAACACUACUUUUGGCAAUGAGACAUUCGUUGAUGGAGACAUGGAAGGUAACUCCACCGACGUCAUAGGCAGCAACUUUACCAACAGUACCGAGGAAGGAAUGGAGGUACUUUCCAACGCAACCUUCGGCAACAACACUGAUGAAGAGGGCGAUAUGGAAAAUGGAAGCAACGUGACUGGUGUGUUGUCGAACUUUACAAACACAACAGAUGAAAGAAUGAUGACAGAAAUCACCACCAAUAGUACCAACAUGACUUUGGUGGAUGGCAGUAACACAGCACUUGACGACGACGUGGUGAAUUCUACAGAAACAACAAAUACAACCAAUCUUCUGCCUGGUAACAAGACUGGAGUUAUCGAAGGAACAGUCAAUAGUACGACAAUUCCAGAAUUGAAUGCUACAACGACGGGGAACUACACGACUACACUUCAAAAAACCAACAAAUCAGAGACAAGCCGAUGA